AUGCCACCACAAAAUACCCCCGCAUCAUCAUCUUCCAGUCCAGGCGGAGGCAGUUCUUCGGGCGCAGUCGACGUCACAACCCUCUCCGUGCCUCAACUCCGCAGUCUCCAAUCCCGCCUCAGCAGCGAGCUCGAACACCUGACCAACUCACACGCCAAACUGCGCGCGGCGCAGUCCAAGUUCCGGGAUUGUGUCCGGUCGAUUAACGACGGCGUCAUCGCAGAGAAGAGGAAGAAGGAGGGUGGUGGUGGUGAUGAUAUCCUGGUGCCUCUGACCACCUCCUUAUACGUCAAGGGGAAACUCGCGGAUCGGGAGAAGGUGAUUGUUGAUGUGGGUACGGGGUUCUACGUCGAGAAGACGGCUGCAAAGGCAAUUGAGUUCUACAACGGAAAGGUGAAGGACCUGGAUACAAAUCUACAGGAUCUUGAGAAGAUCGUACAAGGGAAGAGCGCCAAUUUGAGAGUGAUCGAAGAUGUGCUUCGACAAAAGGUUUUAAGCGGAGAAGCCGUUACAACUCCUGCCACGGGAGCUGGUGCCGGUUGA